CACAAAAGCUAUAAAUCGCGUCCUGCUAAAACCUGCAAGUUUUCACUUAGGUUGUCAUUGGGGUAGCGCAGUCUGAAGCUUUUGCACAAGAUUAUUGUUCUUUGAACCUUACCAAUACUGCGUUUGAACUUCUUCUCAACGGAGAACGGAGAACCUGCGGGAGAACGGUUUCGUUCGCUGUUUCCGAGGCUGAUCUGUGUCCGCGUUUUUCCGGCAGGACAUGGGGUGUGAAAGACAGACUGCGUUAGGAUUAUUCUGUGUUUUGGGAGGUGUCAUAAUCCAGAUUACAUACGGAAAUUUUUACACCGUUGCGCCAUACAUGGUGGAUUACAUGAAUUACAAUAACAUGUCGGUGAAGAGUACCUCCGUUGUGUGGCUGACGUCUGUUGCAAUUUCAAUGGAGGCAGUUGCGAUGCCCAUAGGUGGAUUUUUGUCCACAAAAAUAGGAUUCAGACUGGUGGUCUUUUUGAGCUGUUUGAUUCAAAGUAGUGGUAUUGCGCUGACCUAUUUUGCGUUGAGCUGGGGAUUCAUAGCAGUGGUUGUCACCUACGGCGCCAUACAGGGCUUUGGCUUCGGCUUUGGAUAUUCAGUGAUUAUAUCAACUACGGCCAUGUGGUUUCCCAGAAAUCGUGGCCUGGUGGUUGGUUUGAUUGUUGGUGGCUUUGGUGCUGGCGCAUUGCUUUUCACGCCGAUUCAGACGGCCUAUAUCAACCCGGACAAUAUUGCAGUAAACAACACGACCAAAACAUUUACGGACCCAGAUCUGCUAGCUCGCGUACCCAAGGCCUGCCUGGUUUUGGCUGCAACCAUCUCAUGCAUUCAAGCCUUUGGACUGCUGAUGAUGCGAGAAAAGGCGAAAGACGGCAAGAAUAAGAGCACUGAGAAAAUUGGAUCGGAUGAAAAAAUCCAUGAAGAACUUGAAGAACUGAAGAAUCGUGAUGCGGAAUGUUCUGCGGCCGGUGACAAACCAACAGCGUCGACAGUGGGAGGUUUUGGUUUCGAUGACACCGACUCCCUGGCAAAUUGGAACAAAGAGGUAGCUGGCAUCAAAUACAUUCGUGACGAUCUGUUUCUGGCUGGCGUUGCAAUGGCUGCUUCUUUGUGUAACUCAGGUGGUCGCGUUGUGUGGGGUUGUAUAUGUGACCGUUUGUCAUUCAAGGUACCCAUGUGUUCCAUGAUCAUCGUCUGGACAACCAUGCUGUUCACAUUUCCGCAUAUUUCGAUAUUUAGUGGUGUUAGUGCGAAGAUUUUCUACACCAUAUGGGUAUCAAUGCUGUACUUUUGUCAGUGUGGUAUAUUUGUAUUUGCUCCAACGGCGACAGAGAUUUUAUUUGGCCCGGUUCACCUCGCCGUCAACUAUGGACUUAUCUACAAUGCCUUCAUCGCAGGAAGCAUGUUUGCGUCCGUCAUGAAUAUGGUACCCAUCCCUGGGAACCGUGAGAACCAGGCUUUCGUUAUCAGUGGGGCCAUGUGCAUUUUGUCGCUCAUAAUCGUGUUCUUCAUUGAGGAUAAGAAGACCCCUAGCCAGUGUCAGUUCAUCAACUUACCACUUCGGCUGCGACGAAGAUUUUCCAAACGGCCGAUUGCAAAAUCCCCCGAUGAAGCUAAUGGAGCCAACAAAGAUAAACCUGUCGCGGCCUAGAUUUUCCUCUCAAUUAAUUGUCAAACACCCGUUAGUGUUAGUCCGCCUACGUAAAAUCACAAGUUCCCCGGAAUUCUCUAUUUUCACAACUUUUCUCCAAGUUCUAUAAAGGCU